AUGGCUCACACUGAGCGCAGUCAGUCAGCAGCUGUUGAAGAGUCCGAGACUGUCAUGAGCUACGUUGUGGACUUUCAUCUGUCACUGAAACUAUACAUGAGACAGCAUCUUCCUUACUUGUCAACACAAUGGUUACAAGAUCAAAAAGAUUUUCAAAUGUUCCCUUCAUGCCUUUUGGAGACAACAAAUUUCAAGUCACUCCUAGAAGAGAAUUUAGACCUACUUUUACCAGUGUUGCUAGAGUUUAAUAUUCUACAGCCUUUGGAAGCUCUUUGCACUGAUAGUGAAAAAGCUAUAAAUGACCUCUUGAUUGAGCAUUUUCCAGUAUUGAUGGCCCAUAUUUUCCCUUACAUUGCUGUCGAGACUUAUUCUUUGGAAAAUGUUAUAGAAAAUGCAAAGAUUAAGAAUGCCAAGGGCCGCUAUAAAUUACUAGAAAAGUCACUUGGAAAACAGAAUUUUAACAUUUUGGUUACGAGAUAUAUUGGAGACAUAACUCUAAAUAUUGUGAAAUUAGUGCAUGACCCAAGCAUCUGUAAAGAAGGAUUGGUUAUAGAACCCAAUCCUCCUCAUUUCCUUCCCAUUGUGAUAGAGCAUACUUUGAAAUUCAUUGGAGACUUGUUUGAGAAUAAAACACUAGCAGGUGUUCUGAACAGCAAUGGAAGGGAGCUUCAUAAAGUAAUUUUUUGGGGUCUCGGAGUACUUGCUAAAGCUUCUAUGCCCCAUGACGCUGGACGAGCUCUGUCUGCAAUUUGUGCUCUGGUUGAAGUAAUGUUAUUCCAGUCCAACAGAGAACUUGAGGAUUCUGCUCUGUAUACUAUUCAGAUAUUAGUGCACACACUUACUUUUUACAUAGGUGACCUCUGUAAAAAGGGUUGUUUCUUGGCAGCAUCUUACAUGGAACUACUAAAUUUUGUUCAUGAUUCAAAUUUACAUCAUAUUACUGAUGCUUGGCUGGAAGAAGAUUCUGAUUUACCAGUCACCAUGACUCUCACUGAAGGGGAAAUCAUUGCUGUCAUUUGGAGAACAGCCACCAGUGAUGAUGAUGCUGAUGAUAUUUGA